UCCCUGCCGUGGCACAGACUGAGACGCCGGACGAGUCGUCCUCAUGCCAUUAAUAAUUAACAGAGUGAGGGAUGAGCACACAGUCAGCAAAGACAAGGCUUUGGUUGAUGGAAAGGCUCUGGUGGAUUCUUUGAUUAAAGUGGUGGCGUGUUACCGGCACUUGGCCUCAUGUGUCGGUGGUCCCACAGAUGGCCUGAAACUGAGAGACGACCUCCGCCAAACACGAGAGAAGGCCCAGACGUUAGCCGUGGCCAUCUGCCAUCAUUUGACCUCCUAUCUCAGGGACAGGAGCCUGCCUGAGGAGCAGCGCAGGGAGAUGGCGCUCCUCUGGGUGGCCUUCUCCUCCAGCCUGGAGCUCCUCCACGCUGACAUGUGCAAGGUUUUCAACAUGUACAAUGUCUUCUUUCCAGUCAAUUCUAGCAACCUUGUGCAGACUGGGCUUCAAGGAGGAAGCAGUGAAGUAGCAGCUCGGGCUCUGAGUCUUCCAGACCUGACCCAGGCUCAAACUCGGAACCUCCCUGCUGGCCUGGAGCGCCGGGAACACAGCGCCCUGGAGCUGGAGAUCAGCACACUUGGACACAUGAUCGAUGACAUGGAGACGAAGGUCAACGUGUUGCGCUGGAUGGUGGAGCCACACGGGGGCCAGUACGCGGAUCCCAUCAGCAGCACCAACAGCGCCUCCCUGGCUCUGCUCUCUGUGGAUGAGGAGCAGCCGCGACGCCAGCCCCUACGCCGGCGUAGUUACAUGAUUGUGCUCUUAUUGCUGCUCGCUGUCGUUUUGGUGGCAGCCACUCUUUCUGUCUGUGUGGUCUUCUUUUCAUAGUAAAUCCUUAUUGCAACGAUUUCUUUGAGUAAAACAUGAGCAUGAUGCUCAGUGAUGCUGGAAACACUGGCAAGCUUUGCAAAUAUAGUAGUGUCGUCUUCAUCUCGCUGUUUUUUUAAUAAGACAUUUAUCAAAAAUAUUUGAGUUUGCUAUUUAUCACAGUGAAUCCUAAGCUGCCAUAAAACAAAAGUACAGUACAUGGCCAGGUAUUAAUUCAUUAUUAUUGCGGUGUAACAAAUGGUCUAUGGCACAUCUAAUAUUUUUGACGUGUCAUUUUACUCUUUGUUGCCAUGAAGAAGACUUCAGCCAAUGGGUGCAAAUGCUUUGUAGUUUAAGUUAACUUUGACAAGCUGAUUUAGUUUAUUUUGGAACAUAUGAGUAAUAAUAGUACAGUAAAUAUCUAUUUCUAUUAUGAUAUUCUUUCGCUAUUUCAUUAGUUUUAUUGAUCUACAUCAUUAAAAUAAUAAUUAAAUGAA